GAUGGAGAGUACAGUCGAUGCCUGAUGAAGUCCCAAGGGGAAGAGAACGAAACUACACCCUGCUUGUAUGGCUGGGACUACGACACCACGUGGCUGUCCCUUACUGCCGCUUCCCAGGAGGACUGGGUGUGCGAUAAGGAACUGUACCCAAAUACUGUGUAUUCCGUGAGCCUCUUCGUUUCCACCGCCAUUGGAGUUAUUCUCUUUUACAUUGGUGACAGAUUUGGACGAAGGAUACAGUAUCUGGUAGGCCUGAGUGCGACGUCGUUGUCCCAGAUACUGCUCCCCUUAUCAGCUUCUGUGUUUCCGCUCUACAUUGUACUUUCCGCAGUCUCUGAGGGUGCACACUUGCCUAUGGGGGAAGCAAUCAUGGCGACCGGAGUCGAAUUGGCCAGUAUCAAACACCGUUCAGCUGUCAACUUUUUGGGCUUCUUUUCUUACUGCCUUGGUGUAAUUGCCAUGGCUUUGAUAGCUUGGUUUGUCAAAAACUGGGUGCAUUUUACACUGAUUGCCGCCGUACCAUGUUUUAUUCCACUACUGCUUCAAAAGUACCUGCCUGAGUCACCACGAUGGCUGAUAAAUAAAGGACGCACAGAAGACGCUUGCGAGGUCCUGGAACGUAUAGCCCACACAAAUGGAAAAACUUUGUCUCCUGACAUCACGAAAAAAAUUGAUUUUCUUUGUCAACAAAGAACUUCGAAAAUGGGCUUUACAAUCAUCAUAACCAACAAGAAUCUCCUGAAAAAUACGAUUUUACUUGUGCUCAAUAGGUCAGCUGCUGCGUUUACUGUUUUCACCCUACUUUUCAGCAACAGUAAUUUCGGAGUGAAUCCAUUUGUUGCAUUCAUAGGAAAAGGAUCACUGCAACUAGUUGCAUUGUAUGCGGGUCACGUUGUCGGAAACAAGUUCGGGAGACGGGUAACACAAUGUCUGGUGCUAAUGUCUACUGGUUUCUUCUGCAUCAUUCUCGUAUUCUUAACCACAGGACAUUCAACCCAGUGGAUCAUAACUACAUUUUCACUGAUGCUACUGUUUUGCUGCGAGUGUUCGUAUUCACUCUCAAACCUGCAGAGCUUGGAAUUACAUCCAACAAGUAUACGACAAAUAGGAAUCGCAAUUGAGUACGUCUUCGUUCAAUGCACUCUGACUGCUGCACCUCAUCUUGCUCACUUGGGGAAGACUUCUGGAAUGCAUAUCGUAUUCAGCGUGCUUGCAGCUGUGACACUGAUUAUGUCGGCUUUAAUGUCUUUUGUGCCGGAGUCAUUUAACGAGAAGCUCCCGGAGACUAAAAACGAUAUUUCACUCCUAGGAAAGAAUCAGAAGUACUGGAGUCUUCCUACCAGAAAGUAAAGGGGAUCGAGAAAAUAUUGCUGAGCAGAACUGGAGCUGUGGACAUGAUCCUGCAAAAGUCUGGAGAAACGAAAUACUGUGAUGACAAAAAUAUGUAGGCGGUGUUCUUUAUUCUAACAGAAAUGAAAGCAAUUCCUUCCUGAAAUAAUGAUACGACCAUGAUUCAAGUGGUAUGAUUGUAAAGUGGUGAGGGAGACCAGUUACAUCUACAAAUGAAACAGAUAUAUAAAUCGAACACCUACAAGACAAACAAAUCGAUUCUACCAGCUUAAAGAUAGUAA